GGCGGAAGUGAGGCCAGUGACGUCACUCCCACAAUGCCCCGCACAAUGGGGCCGCCGCGGCCUGGGCCGGAGCCUCGCCUGGCGGGGCCCGGGGGAACGGGGUAGCUCUGAAACCAGCACAGAUGGCUGAGCUUGUUCAGAGGGAAAGAAGCAAAUACCUGGAGAAAUCGACAGAGACUUUCGGAAUGUGUGUGCAGCUCUGACACAGGACAUAGAGAACAUUUAUCUUUUCCAGCACCCAUCCCAUACAGAGGUGAAAUAUUUGCAGUCUUAGACAUCUACAAAGCAAGACCACUCUGAAACACAGGAUUUGUGCAUCUUGAAGGAUGAUGACGUUUUGCUGUUGAAGCAGUUUGGUCACUGAGGGUUCCAACUGAAACUGCACCCAGACAACAUCACAGUGAGACAUCUGCAGGCUUGAGUUCUGCUUGACAUGGCCACGUCGUUCUAGGCCUGCCAUGACGGCAUUUUUUCCCACUGUUCCCAACUGGAUUCAAGAUGCAAAGCAGGAGGAGGAUGAGACAGGCUGGAAAUUAGUUCCCAGGCCAAGAGGUGAAGAGACUGAAAGUCAGGGAAAAUGCCAAUGUGAAAUAUCAGAGACCUCCUUCACUAAUGUGGACAAGCUGAGAACUCAUACACUUUCUCAUACUGAGCAGAGACCGUACAACUGCCCUCAGCUGCACUGUGGCAAAGCCUUUGCUUCUAAGUACAAGCUGUAUAGGCAUAUGGCCACUCACUCUGCUCAGAAGCCUCAUCAGUGCAUGUACUGCGAGAAGAUGUUUCACCGGAAAGAUCACCUUCGCAACCACCUGCAGACCCACGAUCCCAACAAGGAGGCCCUCCACUGUCCCGAGUGCGGCAAGAACUACAACACAAAGCUCGGCUUCAGGCGACAUCUGGCCAUGCACGCAGCUGCCAGCGGCGAUCUCAGCUGCAAGGUGUGCCUCCAGACAUUUGAAAGUACCCAAGUCCUGCUGGAGCACCUCAAAGCCCAUUCUAGACGAGCUUCUGGCGGAGCGAAGGAGAAGAAGCAUCCGUGUGACCACUGCGACAGGCGCUUCUACACCCGGAAAGAUGUGCGGAGACACUUGGUCGUGCACACGGGGCGGAAGGACUUCUUGUGCCAGUACUGUGCUCAGAGGUUUGGGCGGAAGGAUCAUCUGACCAGGCACAUGAAGAAAAGCCACUCCCAGGAACUGCUGAAGAUUAAGACAGAGCCAGUUGACAUGCUGGGUCUUCUAAGCUGCAGCUCAUCUGUAGCGGUAAAAGAAGAGCUGAGUCCCGUCCUGUGUAUGGCAUCCAGAGACAUGAUAGGUGGUAAGAGCUUCCCUGGCAUGUUGCCUGUGGGCAUGUACAGUACGCAUCUCCAAACCAUGCCAAGCUCAGGGAUGCCCCAUUCUUUGGUUCCCAAUUCUCUUCCAAUGGGAAUGAGUUAUCCUCUGGAGUCGUCUUCUCCUAUCUCUUCCCCACCGCAACCUCCUCCAAAGUAUCAGCUUGGAUCUACCUCAUAUUUGCCUGAGAAACUACCCAAAGUAGAGGUGGACAGCUUCUUGUCAGACUUCCCUGGCAGCCUGUCUCUCUCAUCUGGUGAGCCUCAGUCCUCUUCACCUCAGCCACCCCCUUUGGAUGAGGCUUUGCUUUCCAAGAGCCCUGCUAACCUUUCAGAGGCUCUCUGUGCUGCUAACAUGGACUUUUCUCAUCUUCUCGGCUUCCUCCCCCUAAAUCUUCCUCCUUGCAAUCCACCUGUAUCUUCAGGGGGAUUGGUCAUGGGCUACUCACAGGGGGAGACGCAGCCACUGCUUUCCACUUUGCAACAUCAACCUCAAGAAUCUCCUGGAGCUGGGGCCUCGCUGAACUUUGGGCCCCUUCAUUCGUUGCCCCCUGUCUUCACCUCAAGCUUGAGCACAACCACGCUGCCACGUUUCCACCAGGCAUUCCAAUAAGCUGAACAUAGCACUGGAGAACAGAUCUUUCAGUCACCCUUUUGUGGAGAGCCUUAAAAACGCACAACUCUUACUUCCCUUUGGGGUCUGAAAGCUUUGCAAAGCUGAUUCAGACAGGAGGUUUCUGAUCUCUGGCAGGAGCACUUGUAGACUUGAACAGCAGAUAUUCCCGUGCCAGUCUCAGUCCUGUACAGCGAGAAGUUUUCAUCUAAUAGACUGGAUAUAUUUUAUCUAAUUUUUAAAUCUGUGAAUCAGGAGCCACACUUAGCACUGACCUUCCCCGAGAUCCUGGAGCUAUGUUCCUCUUUGUGGGGAGGGACUGUCUCUGAGAAGGAGUUGAGACUCUUUCAUCUCGGGCUAAACGUUUGAAGAGUCCAGCUUCCAUUUCAUGUUAUCACACUGCUAUUCUGGCAAAGCAGCUAAUACCUUCACAUGGAGAAGAAGUCAGGAUACCCACCCUGUAUGAAGCCAAUGGGGAAGAGGGUGUCCUUCCCCACUACCUCUCAUCCUCUCACCUAAUACAGCUUACUCCACCGAAUACAGAUGACUCCACAUCAGUGUUAAGCAAAUGACCGUUUACAUACAGAAUUCAGACACGUCACCUCAUUCUUCUUUGCGGAGCCUUUAGGUUACAGCGAACAUUGUUUACACAACGCAGUUCUGUUUCCACCAUUACAAGAAGUAGGAGGCACCAGAAUACACUGGCCUUAUAUCUGGUGUAGCUAGAACACUGUUUACACGACGAAGUCAGGUUGCACUGAUUUCUCUUCACGUAUCACAUUUUUCCCCCAUGGGGAAAUACAUUGCUUUUUGGACCACUUCAGCCUCUGCCACUGUAGGCAGCAGCUUCCUGCGUAUUUUCUCUGACUAUCCACGUGUCAAGGGGAUGGAGCAGCUUGCAGAACUCAGCUUAUGUUUGUGGUGUAUGUAUAGAGCCCUUUUAAAUAUCUCCCACAGGCAAACAGAUCGUGCAUCUGUUCUGGAAACCAAAGCAUGAGAAAAGGCUGGGCUAGGAGGUGGGGACCCACAGCGCCGAGUCUUGUCCUACCAGGCAGGGAUGAGAACAAGCUUUGUUUCCUUUUAUAAACCACAGCCGUGCAGCGAGGUCAGUACCUUUUGUCUUACCCAUGAAGCAGUCUCAAGAGAUAGUUUUUUUUUUUUUUUUUUCAACCUGUCCUAGGGUGAAGACAUCUUGGAAUUGGGAGGAAAAAUUGGUCCCAGCUUCAUUUACCCUGUCCAUGUAUUUGAAGCAUUUUUCCCGACUCUGAGUUCUAACAAAUGCUGAGAGGUUAGGCCUCCAGUCACUCUUUCACUUAGAAUUUGGUCCCACUGGCCUUUUUGUUCUCUGCUUAAGCCUCACCUCCAGAAAUUUAGUCCUGCUUCUCCUGCUCCCAGUCCCACCUCCCAAAUCCUUCCCUACCUACUGAGCAGAAGGGCUGUGCUGCUAAGUGGCAGCAAGCUGCUGGGUGUCAUUUAGCAUUUCUAUGGUCUCCUGCUCUCGCUUUCCUGGGCACUGGCGUUGAAGGAACGUGGAUGUCGUUCUCGCUGGACAUUAGUACCUGUUUCUGGUUAUAGACACACGGAUCUUCAUACCUCAGCAUGCAGGAACCGCUGUAGGCCAAUGUCAACCAGGAAAUCUGUCAGUAUGGUUCUCUAUAAAUCUAGGAAAUGCAAAAUCCACCUAAUCUACCUCUACUCUGUUAUCUCAGCUCUUUCAGUGAAGCCACGUACUGUCCUUGCUCACCUCCCCGGAGCACCCAUGUCAGUCAAUGCACGUGACCUUUUGCUGAGCCACCGAUCCCACAGCAUGCCAGCAGCCGUGCCUGUGCUUAUGGGCUUGUCCCCUUCCAUUUGACUGAAGAAUUUUAUUUUUAAUUUAGCUUAGUAAUUCUUCCCAGAAUGACUGUUUAGUGAUCCAUUGAUUCUCCAAAACAUAGAUCGGUUGUUUUAGGUUAGCCAGCGAUGCUGCAAACAAUACUUCUGUAUCAAAAUGUAAUAUAAGAUUUAUUUACCUCAGCAAUAUCCUGUGGCAAUGAUCCCCCUGGGUUAAAUGCAGUACUUCCUUUUCUCCACUCUAAAAUGUUGCCUUUCCAAGUUCAACGAGUGCCUUCUUGUUCUCUAACACAGAUAAGGUAAAUAGGGCAGCGCAGCAGUCUUCUGUUUACCAUCACUGAAUACCUCAGUCCCGCCCGCCUUCUGUUGCUUUUCUCCUUGCAAAUUAAAAGAGUUUCACGGUGUCACCAAUUAUAUGCAAGCCUUAACCCUGUCUUCAGUUAUAAGAGAGAUAAAUGGUCAGAAUGGAUCACUUACAGCAAGGAGUGUCAGAUUUAUGCAAUGCCACUGCACACCUUCUUUCCUUCCCGGCCUUCUUGCUUUCUGCCUGCCUUGUACUCUGAACAGACGUCAUCACUGGAAUUCCUCUAGCAGUGGUAGCGGAGCUUAGAGCCAGGCAUCUUCCUUCUACCAGUAGUCUGUCAAAGAAUAAAUGGAAUUCAUUUCACUAUCA